AUGCCUCCAAAGAAAAAGAGCAGUGAUGGGCCUUCAAAAAAGUCUCUAGAAAAGGAAAAGAAAAAAAUUAUUGAGGACAAAACGUUUGGUCUGAAGAAUAAGAAAGGUGCAAAACAACAGAAGUAUGUUCAACAAGUACAAAAACAAGUCACCUAUGGCAACAAGUCCUUCCGAGAUAUUGAGAAGAUGCAGCAAGAAAAGGAAGCUCGCAAGGCGGAAAAGAAGGCUGGACCUGAUGAACUUACCUUGCUUUUUAAACCGGUUGCUGAACUUCAAAAAAUCUCAAAAGGAGCUGAUCCAAAGUCUGUGCUCUGUAUAUUUUUUAAGCAGGGUACUUGCACUAAAGGCGAUAGGUGUAAAUUUUCUCAUGACAUGAAUAUUGAGAGGAAAACCGAAAAAAAGAAUCUCUAUGAAGAUGAGCGUAGUGAAAUGGAUGAAUGGAAUCAGGAACAACUUGAAGAAGUCAUCACCAAAAAGCACGGAGCCUCGAAUAAAGGCCUGCCUCCUACUACUAUUAUUUGUAAGUAUUUUCUCGACGCAGUUGAAGCCGGAAAAUACGGUUGGUUUUGGAAUUGCCCAAAUGGCGAUAGUUGUCAUUACCGGCAUUGUCUUCCGCCCGGUUUCGUUCUUAGGAAGGAUAAAAAGAAGAUGGAUGAACAAAAGGAGACCAUCUCGCUUGAUGAACUUAUUGAAACAGAGCGCCGUGCCCUUGGACUAAACCAAACAAAAGUUACACUUCAAACUUUCUUGGCAUGGAAGCGACGAAAGCGGGCAGAGAAAAUCGCAGCUGGAAAGCAGGAAAAAGAGAAGAAACAAGCUAAUUUUGCUCAAGGUCGUCUUCUUGGUAUUUCAGGUAGAGAAAUGUUUGAGUUCAAUCCUGAUCUUGUAAAUGAGGGUGAAGAUUUGGAUGGUGACAUCUGUGAUGCUCGUCUACGUGAGCCUGAAGAAAACGAAGAUGAAUUCGAAGUCCACGAUGUGGACUUAAACGCUUUUGAUGUGGAUGCCAUCGAAUGCCCUGAUACCGGUGAUGUUGAACCAGCUGGCGACCCCGCUCCCUUCUCUACAGCGCCCGUGCCAAAAAAGGGUCAGCAUGAAGUUCUUAAUCUGAUAUUAAACAAUUACAUUGGCCCCGAGUGGUUGUCAAUCGAUGAUUUGGUCAUUGAUGAGGAACUGUUCAACGAUGCCGAAUUGGAUGGUUUGGCGGACGAACUUGAGGAUUUGGAAAUAACACUAGGGUGCAUCGAUGGUGAUGAGGUUGAUAUGUCCGACCUAACUGGGCUUCACGAGGUUCCGCGAGUCAUUUUUAAAUAA